AUGGCCCAGCCAGGCAUUGACGUCUGCCUCGUUGGCAGGCGGGAGGCGUCGGACGCCACGUCGCAGGCGUGGAGAAGAGUGAUCGACGAGGUGCCCGUGUUCGACAUAGCUGGCGAGGUCGACGCCCCUGCAGACCUGGACCCUCUCGAUCCAUCGUGGGACGUGCCGCUUGACGAACCCAUGCCCAGUGACGAGGAGGUCCGCGCCUCGGUCCGAGACCCGUCUGUGGAGAGGGCCAUGCGCGAUUGGUUCGGCCGGGGCGCGGAGGAGCUGAGCUCGAUCGCCUCUGGCGGCCGCGGCCCGUCCGAGGAGGCCUCGGUCUUCCGCAGGGUUGCCAGUGGUUUGCCAUCGGACCUUCGCGGGGACAAGUUCCGCGGCCUGAUCCGCAGCACGGUGUCGGAGAUCUUGAAGCUGAUGUGGAGCAUGCACUUCUCUUCUGGGGCAACGCGGAUGAGGUGGCGCUUUGCAUGCACCGAUUCUGACUCCGACUUGCCGUCGUCGCCAACGUUGAUGCGCGCCUAUUUCAUUUUGGCCGGGGAGGAGCUGGACUUUGUCCCCAGCCGCUUCGUCGACAAGAACAGGCUUCGGGCAACCCAGUGCCUCUCCGAGGAGCAGACCCGGCGCAUGAGCUCCGAGGACUGGGUGAGCAGUGUGACCGCCAGGGGCACGAACGUGUCCGAGGCCCUGAAGCGAGUGCCGCCAGGAUGGACGACCUUCCUCAAGGGCGAGCGGUAUCCGGGCAUGAAGGGGAGCGGCGCCGUGUUCCGCCUGCCCCGCACCGGGCGCCGCGUCAAGAUCGAGGUGGAGGUCCUGCGGCAGGACCUGGCGGGGGGGCCCUCGCUGGGCGGCGGCGCCGCCGGGGAGCAGCUCCUGGCCGCCCCCCUCCUCGCUCGCCCGACCUGCGCGUCGCCGCCGCGCUCGCGGGCCUGA